AUGAUUGUGAGGCAGUUGAUGGCGCCAAUGCUUCCAGAUGGCUUUGCUGGUGAUAAACCUGUUGGGAAAUCCUUUUUAUUGGAUGAUUCCAUGUUACCCCUGCUGAUGAUCUUGAAAUAUGAAAUUCACCAUUAUCAAGAAAGUAUACAAGAGGCGAGGGGCAUAGAGGAUAGAGAAGAAGAGGAGGGGGAGGAGGAGGAGGCGGAGAAGAGGAAGGAGGCAACCGGCUGGUGCCAAGGUAGCGAAGCUUACUGCCGAUUCCCGCUUCCGCUAGGUCCAACCCAUAGAGUUUAAUG